ACCGCAUCGGACCGGUUUUUCCGGAAGUACGAUAAUUUUUGAUAGAACGGAGUCGAGGAAAUUCGAAUAAUUCAGUUGUUUGUCAACAGAGAGCAAAAUAUUUUCUCUUGCAAAGUUUGUGUUUUCAGUAAUGAAGUCAUUUAAAGAUCGACUAGACAAUGAAAACUUAAUUACACUUGUGGAGGAACAUCCCUGCCUCUAUAAUCCAUUUUUAAAAAAUUAUAGAAAUAAAAAAGUUAGAUAUCUUACAUGGCAGAAAAUAGCUGGUAUUCUGGGAGUUGAUUCUGAAUCCUGUCAGAAACGAUGGAGGACUUUACGUGACAGAUAUAAAAAAGAAAAAUCUGGGACCGUUCUAAACAAAAAUAACAAAUCAUGGGAAUAUGCAUCAAUGAUGUCUUUUCUGGACAAAAUGUAUCAAGAACACUCUGACAAUCUCCCUAGGAAAAAAAACUUGCCUGUUAUUCAGCCUUUUACAAGUCAGCCUGUUAUUAUUACCGUACCAAAAAACAGGGGCCUAAGGCCAAUUGCUCCAAAAAUAGAAGAGUCUACUACUUCUAAAUCUUCUAUGUCUCCAGAUGUCUAUGAUGGAAAUCAGGAUUCGGUUACUGAAAAUGAAUCUGAAGAACAGUUACCACAAGAGCCAGAAAUAUAUUUGGUGACACCAACUCUUUUCAAUGAGGGAGAAAGGACACUGUUUAAAAAUAGUCUUAAUACUCCAAAGAGGAAAGCAAGUCAUUCGAUCCAAGAUGAAGAAACGGUAGUAAUUAGUUCACAGGCAAAAAGGGCAGCAAGGGAAGAAGAUACUUUGCUUCGAAGACAAGAAUUUGAAUAUAGACUGCAGUGGGAUGAAAAAGAACACUUUUUAAGAGUGAAAUGCCAAGAAGAAGAACAUAAAAUGAAAAUGAAAGUUGAGCAAGCUAAGUUGAGAGUUGAGGAAGAAAACUUAAGAAUCAAAGAACAAAAGCUUAAGGUACUCAUUGCCAAAGAGGCAUAUUUCAAAUCAUUAAUAAAAACCUCAAAUGCAGAAUAAGCGUUUUGCAUUUAAUACAAAAAAUACUGUAAAAAGGAAAAUGUUUAGUAUAAAAAUAUUAUAAAAAUACACAAUAACAUUAGAUAAACUUUAAAAAUAAAUUAAUCAUUAUG